CUCUCUCUCUCUCUCUUCUGGAAAAAGGAAUAGCGCUCAACUUUCUCUGUAAGCUCUCCCUCAUCCUCUCUUUCUCCUUUUCCAUGGAUUCCAGUAGACUCGUGCUCCCCAUGGUAAUGGACGACCUCACGGUCCUGAUUCUUUCGUAGGCUGUUUGCGCUCCAUUGGUUGCAGCAGAUCCUGCCCAGAUCUUCCCGAUCCUGCUCACGGGAAGGGGGUCAGAGGGGGACAAUUCUCCGCCAUUCUUUUUCCUUCUCGAGUGGUUGGACACAGGAUUUGAAGGUCCACUCUCCUCAAUCCCCACCCCACUGACCGGCAACAUGUCCUUUUUCUCAUCUGGGUAUCCUCGGAUAAGUCAAAGGUCCGAUCUUUUCUGCCCCGAUUCCGAGCUGCAGGGGAGAUUGAGGCGCUGAUCGGGCUUUUCUUGAUGUGGGUAGAGCGAGUCAGGUCGGUCUUUGAUUGCAAAUGGGUAGUAUUCUUUGAUUGUUAGCUCGGAUGACUGUGGUCUUCCCCCGAUUGAUGAUAAUGGCCCUCGCGGGGUUUCUGUAGCAUUUGACGGUUUUUCGGUUGAAGAUCUCUGCUGUUUGAUGCGAAAAGAUUGAAGUUUCUGGGCUGAAUUGGAUUUUCUCUCAUUGCCGCUUGCCUAGUUUCAGGGAAAGUGAUUGGAAGUCUUCUUCGGGGGAGUUUGGAAGGUUAGGAUUGUUGAGUGGAUGCGGAAGGAGUUCAGUUGAGAUCAUCUAGACAAUGAUCAAUAAGAUACUCAACAGGCUUCCGAGGAAGCCAUCUAAGUCGAUUGAUACCAGUGAUGUUGGGGGAACCUCGACUUCCUCUUAUAGUGCAUCGUCUACUUCAAGAACCAAUGAUUUGGCUAGCAGGCAACACGGGAAUUCAACUACUUCUGCUUCAGGAUUGAAUCAUGGAAAUAGGCUUCUACAGGCUGCGAAUACUAGGCUGAAUGGCAACUCUUCAGUUGUUCCAUAUGAGGCCUUGCCCGGGUUUAAGGAUGUCCCGAAUUCAGAGAAGCAGAACCUGUUCAUCAGAAAGCUGGGCCUCUGUUGUGUUGUGUUUGACUUCACGAAUCCCACGAAGAACACCAAGGAGAAGGACAUCAAGCGCCAGACCUUGCUGGAGCUGGUAGACUACAUCACUUCUGCAAAUGGAAAAUUUACUGAGGUGGUGAUGCAAGAGAUUGUAAAGAUGGUGUCUAUCAACUUAUUCAGGAACCUGACUACCCCCCCUCGCGAGAACAAGGUCCUCGAGGCCUUCGAUCUUGAGGAAGAAGAGCCAUCGAUGGACCCUGCGUGGCCCCACUUGCAAAUUGUGUAUGAACUGCUCCUCAGAUUCGUGGCCUCGCCUGAGACAGAUGCAAAGUUGGCGAAGAGGUACAUUGACCAGUCCUUCAUUCUCAGGUUGUUAGAUCUCUUUGAUUCAGAGGACCCAAGAGAGAGGGAGUACCUUAAAACUGUCCUUCACCGUAUCUAUGGGAAGUUUAUGGCACACAGGCCCUUUAUUCGGAAAGCAAUCAACAACAUAUUCUUCCGAUUUAUAUUUGAGACUGAGAAGCAUAAUGGCAUCGGAGAACUUCUGGAGAUAUUAGGGAGCAUAAUCAAUGGGUUUGCCCUUCCCCUGAAAGAGGAGCACAAGCUCUUCCUUGUUCGAGCUUUGAUUCCGCUUCAUAAACCCAAAUGCAUCCCAAUGUAUCAUCAGCAACUCUCUUACUGCAUUACCCAGUUUGUUGAGAAGGACUGCAAGCUCGCUGAUACUGUUAUAAGGGGCUUGUUGAAAUAUUGGCCCGUUACAAACAGUUCGAAGGAGGUCAUGUUCCUUGGAGAGUUGGAGGAAGUCUUGGAGGCAACACAGGCCCCGGAAUUUCAGCGGUGUAUGGUGCCUUUGUUCCGCCAAAUUGGGCGUUGCUUGUCUAGUUCCCAUUUUCAGGUGGCUGAGAGGGCUCUGUUUCUCUGGAACAACGACCACAUUGAGAACCUUAUUAAGCAGAACCGCAAAGUGAUACUCCCGAUAAUCUUCCCUUCGCUCGAAAGGAAUGCCCGCGCUCACUGGAACCAAGCGGUGAAGAGCCUGACAUUGAAUGUCCGCAAGAUCUUCUCUGACACUGAUCCCGAGCUCUUUGAGGAAUGCCUGGCCAAAUUCCAAGAAGAUGAAGCCCAGGAAGAGGAAAUCAAGACACGACGGGAAGCAACAUGGAAACAGCUAGAGGAAAUCGCUGCCAUGAAAUCUGCAUCCAGUGGGCCGGCGCUCGCGAAAUGAAUUGGCUCGAUACUUAGCUACUGGGAUACAGGGUCUUCUCACUGGUUGCUCCUUGCGGCAUCCGUGACAGAGGAUCUGUUGGUGCUUAGAUUUUCCAUAACCGAUCCCAGCUGGCUCGAGAAAAUCUGCCAUCAAUGGCCAGAAUUCCAGUAGUGAGUGAUUCCACUCAUUCAUUCUUGUUCAUGCUCGUGAUCGGAAACAGGGCCAGUGUGCAAAGGCUUGAAGGGAUGGUCUCUUGCUCAAAGAUUUCUAAGGAGAUGUGUAUAUAACAUACCAGCAGGGGGUCGAAACGGAUCGCAGGUCUCGUAUAAUUGAUGCCAAUUUUCUUGAAUCAAGACAGUAGAAUCGACUGUUUUUAAUUUUUUUCCCCUUCGGUUUUCGGGAGGGAAAAUUGUCCGGGUUUUACAGAUAUAUGUUUGCUUUCUGUUUUGAGAACUUUUGGAUGGUUAAUCUUAUAAUAUGUGAUAGGGAAGAGGUUGAGAACAUCGGAUCAGUCGGUCGGUCCAUUUUUCUUAAUGCCAUGUAUUAGCCAACAUCACGCUUCCUUUUGCUGUUGUAAUCUAUUUGCUUGUCCGAGUGAU